AUGUGCGGCCAAAAACUGGAAAAAGUUCAGAGCCCAAUUCCUUUGAGACCGAACCCAUCUUCCAGAUCCCCCAAAUUCCGAGUAUCAACGAGCAAAAGCACAGAUUUGAGCUCAGGUACGAAUAUUAGCAAUUUCUCCAAAGAAUCACAAAUCACCUCAGCUUCCUCAACUUCUCUCUCCAGCCUUAGGGCCUCACUCCCUCAAAGACCCAUUCUCUUCUCCCUCUCUGAAAUCUCCAGAGCCACCAAUAACUUUCGAUCCCAAAAGCUCGGUGGCCGAUCUUCUAUGGCCUGGAAAUGUGCCUUGAGGGAGAAACAAGUCGCGGUUUUACAGAGAAACGUGACAUACCCAAUUGAGUUCCAGUCGGUUUUGAGCGAUCUAUGCAGCAUUCAUCACAAGGAAGUGAUCAAACUCAUUGGUGGGUGUUUGGAAGGAGAAACCAUCUUUCUGGUUUAUGAAUUUGAAGACGGGUUAAGCCUUUCAGAUUGUCUUAGAGGUAGCAAAAUUCCAGGUUUUACAGUUCUAUCUAGUUGGGUCUCAAGAAUUCAAAUAGCACUAGAUGUAGCAAAGGCCUUGGAGUAUAUGCAUCAUGAUAUCCCACUCGUCUAUGUUCAUAAGUAUCUCAAAGGAAGUAGUAUCAUAGUGUUUGAGCCUGAAUAUCGGGCAAAGGUGGCGAAUUUUGGCGCUUCGAUCUUAACAGGGGAGUUUCCUAUGAAAUUUGAAGAGCAUUCGGGGUCAAAAUCUGAGAUUAUGGAGGAGAAUUCAGUUGAAUUUGGGGGUAGAGUGAGAAGAUAUGGUAGUAGGAAGAUUGUAGGGACACAGGGCUAUAUGGCACCCGAGUAUGUUUCAGAUGGGGUUAUCACUCAAAAGAGUGAUGUCUUCUCUUUUGGGGUGGUGGUUUUAGAGAUUUUGUCAGGUGAGGAGCCUGUGAAAUAUGUUCAUGAUAAAGAAAAUAAUGAGUUCAAGAAGGUUUCUCUUAUUGAGAAUGUGGGUUCAAUUUUGGCUGAGCCACUAAGGUUGAGGACAUGGGUAGAUUCUAGAUUGAAGGAUUCUUACCCAGUUGAAUGCGCAGAGAGAGUUAUUCAAAUUGCUGCUUCUUGUGUGGAUCUGGACCCCAAGAAAAGGCCUGAUAUGAGGUGGGUUUCUGUUGAAAUGUCAAGAGUUUUGAUGAAAUCUGAGAAAUGGGCUCAAAACUUGCGGGGGAGGAAGGGGGUAACUGUGACAUUUGAGGCUAGAUAG